CAGAGUCCGUGUUGAAAGUCUUUUUUUCCGACGCCACGAUAAAUUGAAGGAAAGAGGCGAUGGCAGAUGAUGGUACAAACGUACCAGGUGUGUGUAAAAUUAAUAUUUCUUUGCGUUUUCUUUCCUCUGCUCUUAUAGAUUUCCGUAUUAUUUAGACAAAGAAUACUUUGGUGAUUGUUAAGACUUACAAAUCGUUAUACAUAUUACUGCGCUUUUCACAAACAUGCAAACUCUAAAGUUCAAAAGCCGCCUUCAUAAUUGCGUUUCUCGCUGCCGUCAAUCAUAAUUACGAUAACAAGCAACGAACCUUGAAACACAGAAACACACAAAACGGAUCGAAAUCCACCAAUCACAAACACAAACCUUGACCUCUUGAACCCGUUAAAGUAAAGUUUUGUUUCCCAAGAGGUCCGUUAAGAUGAUUGACGGCAGCGAAAAAUGCAAUCGUCAGUUGGCUUUUGAACUUCAGAAUUCACAUGUUUGUGAAAAGCGCAGUAACAUUUAAGACUCCCUCGAUGACUUGGAAAUGAACAAAAACGUGGCUUCACUUAACGCAUCCCGAAUUUUACUUUUUUUGUUUAGCGCAACGAAAACGAUGGCUUUUUCGAUCUUCCUCCAUCGUACAAAAAUGGCUGUUUAUUUCCAUGUCAAUUAUCUGCAGCAGCGGCAGCCAAGGUAGGUGUUCUUGAGGUUUUUUUUCUGACUCGACGUCAACAUAUACACUGCUUAUCUUUGAAGUUUAUACCGAUUUAAAAUAUUACAGAGGCGAGCUUUUCUUGCAGGCUACCCCAUUGGAUUGUAAACUGAAUGACUCAAGUCACUACGAUUAAUUUCCUCCAUAUCCCUUACUACUGUGAAUUAAGUUGUCUUGGAACGCUAAACUGUCAAACAGAAACAUUGAAGAGUUGAUUACGCUUUGAAUCUGACUGUAAAUCACUUCAGUCUUAAUCGAUUCCUCUUAACUUAAACAUAAACGUACUAGACCAGCUGCCCACCAUUCGCUUUUGAAUCUCUUGCUAGCUAAGCAUACGAGUUCACUAAUUGGAGAUUUCGGCCAGAUAUUAUGUGAAUAUACGAGGGUUUAAAAAUGGGCUUGAUCUAGAGGGUCGAACAUAACGCCAAAAGUUUGGUGAACAAGUAUACGAGUUAAGGUAUAUUCCUUUAUUAAAAUGACUAGUUAUGAGAAAAAAGCUACCUUUAUUCAGCUGCUAAAGGUGAAUUCUGUUUAAUUUUUCAAUACUCGUUCGACGUAAUGUUUAUUAAUUUAAUAGAACUACUGGAAUAUCAGUAUUUACAAUGCUUUUUCUAUCCUCUUCGUUUUUUAUUGAUUCUAAACUAGAAAUAUGAGUAUUGUGGAAUAAUUUCAAAUAAAGAUGAAAAUGCAAUCGUCAGCUGCAAGGUUAAGAUUCGUUUAAUUUCCGCGGGAAACUUAAUAAUCAGAGGGAAAAAAGAAUUAUUAGCUAAAUGUCUACCAGUCGGAUAGCUCCCUGUUGUUUUAUUUCAAGUUAUUGACAAAAAAUGUUUCUUAAAGAAUGACUGUUUUUUUUGUUUUUUGGUUCUAAAGGGGCAGAGUGGGAUAACGACGUAUUGGGCAUGGGCAAUGUUCUCGAAUUUUUCUUAACUCUUUAUUGCAUGCGUGAGGAGUCAUGGCAACAUCAGACUUUGCCAAAACCUCCCCAGAGACAAUUACUAGUGGCUUUAUUUCUGUUGGUGGUUGUUUUGGUAACAUUGCAAGAUUGUGGCUUUCAGACAAGGGUGAUCGAAUUGUUAUGUAAAAUUAGCCAAAAUUAUCGAUAAACUCAACCAGGCAAUUUUACCAAACGUUGCCUCCUUUGUACGUAGGUGUCUAAAAAUCGAAAAAAUACAAAAUAAGUCAGUAUUACUCGCACGUAAACAAAACAGACUUUUAAGGGUUUAUAUUUUCUCUCUGGAAACAUGCUGCAUACAUUCAUCAAAUAGUCAUCGGAUUGAUUAUAAGAUCAAGCGGAUUUUUUUUAGAAGUUUUUUUUGUUUGUUCUAAAGUUUUUGUUUCAAAUGCUAUUUCUCAUUUGUAUUUUAUUUUAUGACGCAUUUUUAAAUUUGUCACUUAAUAAAAUGACUUAACGCAGCCGAUAUAUCCACCAAGGUCUUGAUUUAGAAAAAUACUUUAUUAGAAGUAUAGACUAAUUACAGAAGCUUCGUCAAUGAGAAAUGUGCCCUGUCGUUUCUUUCUAAAACUCAUUUGAGGUAUUAUAUUUUAUUCAUGUUGUCUAGAACUUCCAAUAUUCGGUCGUCUUCCUUUAGCUUGUGGCUUCUCAAAUUUCUAGAGAUUGACAAUCGAUCACAGGCUUUCUCAACUUUUUGCUAGUUUGGUAUUCUCAGGAUCUGAAAGACAUUUUUCUACUCUAAAGUGGUCUUUUACGAAUAAAAAGUUUAAUAAAUCAUAUUUCAGCAUACAGAAUGCGACCUCUAGUUUAAAAAUAGGGUACGUUCCUUCUGGCCAUCUAAAAUCGGAUUUUACGAUCAAAACUUCGAUUUUACGUUUCAUUGAGAACUAAACCAAUCUUAGAUUGCAAUCUGAACGAUCCAACUUCGCACUCGGAUCGUUCAGAUUAGUAUCUCAAUCUUGUUUUUCAGAUUUUUGUUCCAUUUAUCGAAACCACUCUUCGAUCGCUUGAAUGAGCUCGUUCAUCAGGUGAUCAUGAUGAUCUAGGUCAGUUCGGGCAAACGUUUUUUAUACCCGUCCGUUGUCCUAUCGCCAGAACUUAAGAUUGUUGUGUUUUAACGCAACAGGGGCAUCCAACCGUCAAUUUUUGGAAAAUAUCUGUUCGUAAGACGAUUUGAGAUCUAGAAUUUUCGGAACAUUUCUUGCAAAAUUUCUUGCUUGCCUGCCUCUCCUAGGAUUUUCGAACAUCUAAAAAUGGUAUCAUUUCCCAUUUUUAACGGAUUUUUACCCUAAAAAGGUCACCUAGAAUUUUUGGGAGCCUUUUCUUUGGCUGAAAUUUUCUAAAAGGUAAGUUUUGAUCCCUAUAGUUUUCGGAUCAUUAGACUUUCAGCGACGAAAUCCGAACAGAUGAAAAAUUUUAGGAGAUAAAAAUAUGCCUAUAUCUACCGUUUAAAUUCUAAAAUACGUUAAACAAUGCUAUGUUUAGUGGUUUUGAGCUAUAUUCUCGUUGGGUGCCCCUGAUGCAAGUUGCACAAAAACUCUAGAUCGGCAAAUAAACGAAAAUGCUUGGAGGUUCUCUCGGUAAAAUAUUCAACGGGUGUUUAGGGCGCGCCGCGCCUCUCAGCAUUUGAGGUUUCGUAGUUUUCUUCUGAAUUUGUUUAUUAUAAAUUCCAGGCAGAUAAUUUACGGUUAAUGAGUCCGAACAUCAACCUCUACUCGUUAAAAAGGAGCAUUCCCUUCCAUUUCUCUACGAGAAGACGCUUCUUAAAAGAGAACAAAUCAAAAACGGUGCCAGGAAAUUGCGAAAAAUGGUGUAGCAACCAACUACUGUUUAGAUCAGUCUUUUUCCACAUUUUUGUUCCGGUUAGCACGCCGAAAGUCCAAUCGGAAAAGCUUUCUUCAGAGGAUUUAAAGGUCACGUCUGUAGGUAUUAACUGGCUGGUUUAGAUCCAUGUCGUUUAUUUUGUUUCGUCGUAAUUUCCUUCUCCAUACGUUAAGGGGAAUAGGUACGAGCUUUCGGCGCACUGUUUUCUGUGAUCCUGCGGGUGGAACAAGCGUUAGUUAUGAUUCACAGAUAGUAGUCAUGAUCAAGGCAACUAUAAACCAAUCAUAAGUAACUCUUGUCCACCUAAACGAUCCCACAAAUCAUUGCGCCGAAAGCUGGUAUGCGUUUCUCUCAUAGUUUCCGGAGUGGGGAGUUAAUUGCCAAGCAACUUUCUUGGAAUUUAUCGUAAUAGGCCACUCGGACGGCCAGACGGUCGUUUUAAACGUUAAACAGGCUCUCCUCGAGUUUUCGCUAAAAACCUAUCACUGCCGCCGUGCAUACCAGCACAAAUCUUAGCUACUGAUUGCAUGCAGUUAAUUUUUAUCAGUUCUUUUUCGUUUAGUGUUCUUGAAAGCACAAGAAAUAAAAAUUUGUUUUGCUUCGUAGUGGGUGCCUCGCAGUAUAUGACGUAUUCAACUAUGGAGAUUGUGAACGAAACACAGUCCAUCAAUUUGAGUGACAUCUACAUGACCGCGACUGUAAGCAGUGAAAGAAAUUAUACGUCGCCAGUUCUUAGCAGUGAAAACUCUGCAUCGAUCUCCUCCACACCUCCUCUUCCAUCCAAUUGCUACCGCGUGUGUGUGUGUAACCAUUCCACAGGCAAGUAUCGUUAAUGUUUGUACAUCGUUUUACGAUUUAAGGAAAACUGUAACUGGAAGCAGAGGACAUUUACUUCUCCACAGAAAGAGAAGGUGAAUAUCUGUAAUUCUUGAAGGAAAAGUAUGGAGAAGAAUCUGGAGAAUUCGAAUGUGCACUGGCCUGGGGCUUAAGAGAAAAAUGGACAAAAGGAAUUUUGACGAGGGUGACUAGUUGCGUUCACAAGCCUCGACUCCUCUCCCGCUUAUGUUAUUCUGCUCAACUAGAAAACCAACGAACUUCUCUAGACCUGUACUGGAAAUAAUUAAUGACAUGUUAAGCCCAAUUUGUAUAUUUAUAAAUAAAUGUACUUACUUUACAGUGUAUUAUUCGACAUCGAUGGAUUACAACAUGUCAGAAAGCUCUUCUUAUGGAAUCAACAUGACACAGAGCUAUAAUAUGACGCAGAGCCAUAGUAUGUCCCACAACUACAACAUGUCCACUCUGUCAGUCAAUUUGACCUCAUCUGACGUAAGCAUGAACCCAACACCUUCAAGCGUGAAUAUAUCGUACACAGCAAGUGUCAAUGCCACAACA